GAGUACAAUCUAUUCCAGGAUUCCGUGCGAGGAGUUCUGAACACAGCAUUGAUUAUCUCCGUGGCUACUGGGAGCCUGUUCAUGUACGCCGUUGGACCGUUUGUCAGCUACGCAGUUCUCCACUACAUCUUGGUCGGCCUCUGUAUAUUCUUCUUCUUCCUGUUUCCAUUGCUGCCAAACUCUCCUUACGCUCUAGUCAUGAACAACCAAACAGUUCGUGCAAGAGACACGCUUUCUUGGCUCAGGGAGAACAGGUCUCCGUCAUACGUAGAAAAUGAACUUCAGGCCAUACAGAAAUACAUAUCUGAGAACCAGACGAAUUCAGUUUCUGUUAUGGACUUGUUCACUCGCAAAGGAAACCGUCGUGCCCUGACGACCAUUUGUACUCUUCUCACCUUACAGCAGCUCUGUGGUGUAACCAUUGUGCUCUUCUACAUGCAGAACAUCUUUGAGAUGACUGGAGCAGAUCUUUCCAGUAGCACUUCUUCUUUGAUCCUGGGUCUUGUCAAAUUUGCCGCUGGGUUUGUGUGUCCUAUUGCUGUAAAGUCUUAUGGGUACAAGAAGCCCUUGAUAGUAUCUCUAUGUGGUACAACUUUAGGAAUGGGAGGUCUUGGAGUAUACUUUUGGCUAAAAUGUAACAAUUUUAAUGUCGAUUCUCUUAGUUGGCUACCAUUGCUCAGUUUGAUUAUCUAUGUUUUCUCUUACGUUAGUGGUUUUGGACCAAUUCCGUGGGCUUUAGCUGGAGAAAUAUUCCCAAGCAAUGUAAAACCAAUUGCAACCAUGAUUACUACAAUGACUAGUGCCUUCUUUGGAUUUUUAACCACUAAACUAUUUCCUUAUAUAAAUGCCCUCAUAGGACAGGAGUAUUUAUAUUUGGCAUGUACACUAUGUUGCUGUUUCACUCUUGGUUUUAGCUUAUUUGUAGUGCAAGACACCACAGGUAUGUCUUUCGCAGAAAUUCAGGAAUUGUUCACUGGAAAGAAGAAAAAAGACAUAUUACUGAAUCAAUCAAAAUAGGAAGUGUGCCGUUGACAGGAUGCAAUAUGGUCUGAAAGAAAACUCGACUGAAUUGAUUUUAUGAUGUCCAACAAGAUUUGUAAAUAGUGCACAAUUCUAAAAAUAUUUUUAUCCUUAUAAUUUUCUUCUAAACUGUUUUUAUUUUAUUCAUUCUAUUACUGACUUAAGCCUUGUUUAUAAAAACUCACUUUGAUCAAAAGUAGAAAAAAAUUGAAUUUUUAGAAGUGAAAGAAGAUAAUUAUUUAGAUUGGGUAGUUAUAUAUUUAGUGAACUCAAUAAAACUUGUUUUAAAAUAAUAAUUAUGGGAAGAUUAAAGAAGAGUAACACAAGAAUAAUGAUUUAUUAUGGUAUUUUUCAUUCAAUCACGCAUUACGGAAUCGUGUUGUGGAAUUUUAUGAUUUAAUUUUUAAAUCCAAAAAAAUUACAAAACUCAUAGCUUAUUCUUAAAACAGGGGUUUAUAUAAGCCAUUGUUCAAGAAGCUAAGUAUUUACUUUUCCUCCUUACAUAUAUUUCAUAUUGUGUACUUUUUAUAAAUCAAAUUUUCAAUUCUAUGUACAGAACCAGCAAGUACAUCCGAUUUUCUGAUACAUAAUCAACAAAUUGAAGAUCAUUAGAAGGAUCACGUUAUCCAUGAAAAAGAUUAAUAAUAACCUACCCCAAUACAUAAAAUCCAUAAGUAACACAAAUUCCUUUAAAUAAUCAGUAAAGACUAUUUGUGUGAUAAAGUAUGUUAUAGUAUUAUAAGUUUUUAAAUCAUAGCUGAAUUUUAAAUUAUAUUGUAGUUGUAUUGUAUUUUAUACAUUUUAGUCUAAAUGGGAUUAAGAAAACUUGAGAAUGUAACUAUUUUUUAUGUUUGCCAUGUGUGUAAGAUAAUGAUGAUGUGAAAACAUAAGUAAAGAAUUUUGAAUUAAAAUUUUCCGCUUUCUCA